AUGAAUACUGAGAACAAUGGCUAUGAUCAAGCUGAACCUCCUGCAUGGGCCAUGGAAUCCUUUAACCGCCUUUCCUCCCUGGAAGCUAAGUUCGCGUCUUCCCUUUUCUUACAGGAAGCCCCCAACGUGCAAGCUAUCAAACACUUCGAAACUUAUGUGGCCUUCCUUAAAGCACUCAAGGCUAAAACCAUCCUGCCUCCUCGAUACUGGUCGUACGACGUUGCUCUCGCUAUCAGUUACAUUAUUUCCUUAGGUUCUACCAGUGAUCUCUCAGACGAUCUCCUCACAGCUAAAACGGCUUGGCUCUUGGCGAUAGUUGGAUUUUUCCGUCUGUCUGGCUUGGCAAGAGUGGAUCUAGACAAAUGCUCUAUUUCUGAGGACAAGGUUUUACACUUGUGUGUCGUGGCUCCAAAAGAAACACGCCAAGGAUCCCGCAUUACCAAGACAAUCACCAUUCACUCGCAUCCGGAUCUUCUUCUUUGUCCUGUCACAGCCUACUCGGUUUAUGUUUCUCGGAUUGCCUCGGUGACAUACUACAUAGCUCAUCCAGCCUUCCCUUUAAUCAACAUACAUUGCCUCUUCCGUUCUUUAGCCGACCACUCACAGCCAAUCGGGCCCGAACGAAUCUCUAAGCACAUCCGCCGAAUCAUGACACAAGUGGGAAAACCAGACGAUGCUCCGGUUCCCAAGGCCAGGGCCUUAGGCGCUACACUAGCCGCUCAAGCAGGCAUCGCAGUGGAUGACAUAGUGGUGCACGGUAACUGGUCUUCCAAGGCCAUAUUUGAACAGUUUUACCGUAUCUCUGCAAUGACGAACAACAAUCUCACGCUAGCUACUCUGGAUCAACAACCAAGAUCACUUAGCUCUCGUGUAGUUAUGAUGAUGCUUCAUAAAUUCGUAUACUACAUCAAAAUUUACUGA